AUGAAGCUCACCGGAGCCUUGCUGCUUCUCUCCUUCGCUCUCUUGGUUUCAUCAUCUUCAGCUUUUCAAUCGGACGAGCUUAUUGUAGACGAUGAACAAUUUGAUUCAAAUGAGCGCCCUUCCCAUGAAUUCGUAUCAUCAUCGUCACCUUCCAUUUCUUCUGGUUCGCAUUCUCCUCCAAAACCCAUUCGAAAGACGUCUGCGGAACCUGAUUCAGACUUUAGAGUUCAGUUCGCUCUGGAACACGCAUUUGGAGAUUCAGAAGAUUUCUCCGUCGCCGGCACUUUCACUGCUCGCCUCAAAUCUCAUGGAGGAAAGAGAACUCUUACGAAGAUCAGAUUCUCAAGGAACGAUCUUAGCACAAUAGAGAAGGAGAAGUUCAAAAAACUACUUGAAGAUGAUGCUUUCUACAGGAUAAGGGUACCAUCUAACGUGUUAAACGCUCCUGGGAAAGCUUAUGUUAUCUCCUCAGUAAAAGCUAGGUGCCUCCCAAAUGAUGGCUUGGAUGAACACUUCAUCAUACACAUGGAAGGUGUCCACAUUUUGGCUGUUAAUUAUGGUUCUCUUAGGGCUUGCCAAUAUAAUCGGCAAUUGAGAAUUCCUUCAAAGUGGAUCUUCAACUCUCACACAGUUUUAAAGUACAGUGAAUAUGCACCAAGGACGCCAAUAUUUUCUGAACAUAUCAUUGGUGGUGAUAUGGGAGAGGAUGAAGGGGUAAAGCCAAUAGAGAGAUCCUUUUUGGCUAAAUAUUGGAUGUAUUUGAUGCCGCUUGUUGUUAUUGUCAUGAAUGCUAUCAACCAAUCCGGCAACAUGGUGGAGGAACAGGUGGAUAUGCCACCACAGCAGGCGGUUAGGGCUAUCCAUCAUGGGCAGAGUGCAGCUGUCCGGAGGCGGUGA